AGUCAAAAUCUUACUUCCAUCAUACCAUGACUGAUUUUGCGUCAGUUAGUCUUUGGUUGAAACAAAGUUUUUUUGGUGGUUUACGUUUCAUUAGUGUUUCUUAAAAUGUUCCUGAGCGUGUAGUCUGCUCAAGCCUCUUGACUGCCGGGUGUGCGUACUGUUCACUGCUGAGGCACCUCCUCCUUCUGCUGUGGAGGAAGGAUAUUAUCGGACAGCAUGACACAUUUUGAAGGAUUUGCUCUACGGUUAAGGUUCGGAAAGCUUCAGUUUCUUGACUGAGAUGUUCUCCUGAGUUCACAUCUUGACAAAAGGCUUUCCUUAAGAUUACUUACCUGACAACACACAAUGGCUUCCAAUAUAAUUGUGGAGCAGCAGUUUUCUCACAAAUUCACAGUGACAGUGGUUCGAGCCGAGAGCGUCACAAAGGGAGCACUGGGUGACCUGUUGGACACCCCAGAUCCAUAUGUGGAGCUGUUCAUCCCAACAGCCCCGGAGAGCAGAAAGAAGACCAAGCAUAUAGACAACAACAUCAACCCAAAAUGGAACGAGACCUUUCAUUUCAUAUUAGACCCAAACCAGCAGAACGUCCUGGAGUUAACAUUAAUGGACGCCAAUUAUGUGAUGGAUGAGACACUUGGUACCGCAACCUAUGACAUCACCAAGCUCAAAGUCGGCCAGAAAACUAUGGAGUCGUUCCUCAUUGGCAAAGCAACCAAAGUAUACCUAGAGUUGUCGCUGGAGAUCUGUACUAAACUGGACCUGCGGUUCAGCCAUGCCCUGUGUGACAAAGAGAAGGAGUUCAGACAGACCCGCAGAGAGAGGGUGAUGCUGGGCAUCAAGAAGCUGCUCGACAUGGAGAAGCCUCGUUUCCUGCCUAGCUCUCCAGAGGAGGUGCCUGUUAUAGCCAUAGCGGGUUCAGGAGGCGGUUUCCGUGCCAUGGUUGGCUUCUCAGGUGUGAUGAAAGCGCUGUUUGAGUCUGGGGUCCUGGAUUGUGCCACAUAUGUUGCCGGCCUUUCUGGAUCCACAUGGUACAUGUCCACUCUCUACUCCCACCCAGAGUUUCCAAAUAAGGGCCCGAAGGAUAUAAACCCAGAGCUGAUGAAUAGAGUCAGCAGUAACCCGCUGAAGCUGUUGUUACCCCAACACAUCACCAACUACAUCCAGGCCUUGUGGGCUAAAAAGGCCUUUGGGCAGCCUGUUACCUUUACUGAUAUCUUCGGUAUGCUCAUAGGAGAGACGCUCAUACCUGCGAGGAUGGACAUCAAACUGAGUAGCAUCCAGGAGAAAAUAAACCAGGCCCAGAGUCCUCUUCCUCUCUUCACAUGUCUGCAUGUAAAACCAGAUGUUUCUGAGCUCAUGUUUGCAGACUGGGUGGAGUUCAGCCCGUAUGAAAUUGGGAUGGCAAAGUAUGGCACCUUCAUGACCCCCGACUUGUUUGGAAGCAAGUUCUUCAUGGGAACUGCCAUAAAGAGACACGAGGAGAACCCUAUUCAUUUUCUAAUGGGUGUGUGGGGCAGCGCCUUCUCCAUCCUGUUCAACAGAGUGCUGGGAGUCAAAGACACAGUUGGAGGCAGCACCAUGGAGGAGGAGUUAGAGCAGAUCAAACCCAAGCACAUUGUUGGAGAAGACAGUCUGGACAAUGACGAAGAGCCACGUAAAGCUGGAACUGAGAACCAAGAGGCAGAAGAUGAGUACCACCGCACCGCUCAGGCUAGCUGGGUUCAACGAAUGUUCACGUCGUUCUUCAGUGACUCAUCCUUAUUCAACACAAGAGAGGGCCGGGCUGGGAAGGUGCAUAACUUCAUGUUGGGCCUGAACCUGAACACCAGCACCCCCUUCUCUCCGGGCAACGAGAUCACAUGCCAUGCCCUCCAACCUGAGGAAGAGGUGGAUGCUGUUACAGAUCCAGAUGAGUUUGAUCGUAUUUACGAGCCUCUGGAUGUGAAGAGCAAGAAGAUCCAUAUAGUGGACAGCGGUCUCACUUACAACCUUCCCUACCCUCUCAUCCUGCGGCCGGAGCGCGGUGUCAAUCUCAUCAUCUCCUUUGACUUUUCUGCACGACCCAGCGACUCCAGCCCCCCAUUCAAGGAGCUCCUAUUGGCAGAAAAGUGGGCUCGAAUGAACAAGCUUCCAUUCCCCAAGAUCGACCCGAAAGUCUUUGACCGCGAGGGCCUGAAGGAAUGCUACGUCUUCAAACCAAAAAAAGGAGAAAAGAACUGCCCGACUGUCAUCCACUUUGUCUUGGUCAACAUCAACUUCAGGACCUUUAAGGCUCCUGGUGUACCCAGAGAGACAGAAAAGGAGAAGGAUUUGGCUGACUUUGACAUCUUUGACGACCCAGAGUCACCAUUCUCCACUUUUAACUUCCAGUACUCCAACGAGGCCUUCAUCCGACUCCACGACCUCAUGGAGUUCAACACUCUUAACAACCUGGAGGUGAUUAAGGAAGCCAUCAAGGACUGCAUCGUGUCCAGGAAGGAGGAUCCCUCAUGCACAACCCUUCCCUUCUCUCUCAGUGCAAUCCCCAAAAAGAAGGCUCUCAAAAGAGAUUUUCGGGGAGAAACCUUGAACUUCCUGGGAAAUAAAAACCAGUAAUCUGAUUUUAGACUUCGGAGAAAGGAGACAUUUUGUAUAUUGUAGAUUCAGUCUUAAAGUAAAGCAUUUUCUUUUUGGAAAAGUCUAUCAAGUUGAUCUCUUUUUGCAUACUUUGAAUCCUCCAUUUUCCAAGAACCUUAAAGUUUACUUUUACAAGCCAUUUGAUUGCGUUCAUAUGUUACACAAUGAGAAUAUUUUUCUAGCUUUUUUCCCAUGUUGGAGUUUAUUGAUAACAGACAUCUGAUCUCUGUUUCUAACUGCUGGUUAUAAAAAAGACUUGACACUGAGAAACUAUGCUAUCUCUUAGUACUUCAUUUGGGAAAGAAAUAUCCAGCUCAGAUCUAUAUGUUAAUUUACUUCACGUGAAUUUUGUACUGAAGUUGCAACAAUCCCAUUCCAUGAGGAUACCUUUUACUCUUGCUUCUGAGGGCAAAUCGGAAUUUCCAUAUUUCCUUUGACUUUUUAUGCUGUGAUUCAUGUCCAUAUUAUGCUUGUGUGAAUGCACCAUGAGAAGCCUCACCUGUACCUGUAACUGUUUGUCAGCUGAACUCUUUCCAUAUUGACUACCAAACAUGCAAGUCAUUAUUUUUUUUUUGUUCCCCCAGCAGCUCGUCUUAACAUGUAAUCCUUUUUGUAAACAUAGAAGAGGAGCUGGUAACCAUUGGUUUUGUUUAAUGGCAACUAUUAGGCACGCUACAUGCACCCCCUCUGGUUACCUCAAACAUCUCAACGAUGCUUACCCACCUACAGGGAGUGUCUCAUAUUAAAGCCACCAUUUUGGAAAAAACAAACUUGAAGCCAUAGAAACGGCCAUGCUUUUUCUCUCCCUCACCCCUUCUCUAUAUCUCUAGGUGUGUUUAUUUUCCGAUCGUGUUGUUUCAGCUUUAGUUUUUUUUCCCAGGCCCUUUCCAACUAACCCAAUCGGUAAAGGACUCUCUGAAUGCCCCCGUACUAUAAGUGGAGCUUAUGUUAGGGUGGGUGGAUGUGGUGAGCUCAAUCAUCCAGUCACAGCUGGAAAAGGUGGCUCUCCGUGGCCCUUAGUGGAAUUUAACACACUACACCUACACCUGCAGAAAUGGAGGCCUGGAAUCUGACACACUACACCUAUACCUGCAGGGGCCCAAAGGCUGCACACAGUGCAGUGGAAUUUUACACCUAGCACUUUCUAACACGAUAUGUUUCAGCACUGUUGGUUAGGAAAAAACUGAGAAAACAAUGAGAGAGUGUUUUAGAUUAUUUCUGCAGGGAUUCAUGACCCCUGAAACAUGUAUGCGGAUUGUUUUAGCCGAGAGUUUUGCAUGUUCAUGUUUCUGCAGUGAAAAGCAUUAUACUUGGGGAAUUUGCUUUUGUUUAUUUUAUUUGUUACAUAUAGAGGACCAAAGACGUGACAGCAAGGGCUAGCCUUGUUAAGCUCUUGAAACUCCUGAACCUAAAGACUGGCGUGUGUUUGAGAGGACAUAGUUGGAAUCCAAGUUCAACAUUCGAAGUGGUUUAUUUUCUCUUUGUGUGAAAAAUAUUAAACACACAUAUAAACGUAAAAAGAAGAACAAUAACAAAGGGGGAAGACCCAUCUCCCCUUGUUUUCAGUCUUAAAGCUAAGCUAAGCUAAGCUAAGCAUAUGCUUGCUGUGGCCUUAAAUGUAGAACACAGAUGAAAAGAUAAAAGAUGUACUGAUCAUGUUAUCUAUGUAAAUUCGCAAAAAAAAGAAGCACAUUCCCAAAAUGUAAAACAUGUUUUUAUACUCAAAGCAACAAAACAAGUACCGAUCUUUUUAUCUUUUUAUGUUUCACUUUUAUUUUCUUUGUAGUCAUUUAGUUGAUUUAGAAAGCAUACAAAAGCUGUUGCUAUUUUAUUUUUCUAAUGUUAUUUUGUCAUAAAAUGUUAAUGUUCUUCUGACAAUGUUUACAAAUGUGCAAGAUGCUAAACAGACAAUCUGAUAGUACAAGAUGUGUAUACAUUUACUCCUGUGAUCUUUAACUGUUAAAACUGGCAAAGCAAGACAUACAUAAUGUUUAUGUGUAUUGUAAAAAAGGACGAUAAUAAAAGACAAAUUGUGUGUCAAAAUA